CAGCUCGAUGUAUAAAAUGGCGGCGUGGAGUGACCAGUCUCUCUGCUAGUUCUACUAGCUUCGACGAAACCAAGGCAUUCUUUUGAUAUUUGAUUCCUCUGUUUCGUUCGUUUUUGUUGCAUUUCCAAUCGGUUAUUCGACGAUUUAAUCUCAAGUCUUUGACUUUAAGCUUGAGAAUUAAUUUUUGUAAUAAAAUGAGAAAAAAUAUAGAUUUUCGGGGAAAUUAGACUUAAAUGGCGGUUUCGUAUAUUCACUGUGUGCAAUAUUCAUGGAAAGUCUCUUCAAGAGGUCGCGUUUCUGUUUCCAGCUCUGUCUAUGGCGGAAACCACUUGAAGAAUAGAAGCGCUUGCGUUGUUUUUGCUUCGAAUAACAAGAUCGACAAGGUUGAGACACUGUUAGACAGUGUAAAAUGGGAUGACAAAGGUCUAGCAGUGGCGAUAGCGCAGAAUGUUGACACUGGUGCCAUAUUAAUGCAAGGCUUUGUGAACAGGGAUGCAGUGGCUAAAACCAUUUCCUCCCGAAAGGCAACGUUCUACAGUCGCUCACGGUCAACGUUGUGGACAAAGGGAGAGACCUCAAUGAAUUUCAUUAACAUUCACGACAUAUUCAUUGAUUGUGACCGGGACUCUAUAAUAUACCUCGGGAAGCCUGAUGGUCCUACUUGCCAUACGGGGGCUGAAACUUGCUAUUACACACGAGUUUCUGAUUUACUAGAACCUCCAGAGACUGAAACUCAAGGAGACAAAUUGGCGGAGACCACUUUGUAUUCAUUGGAGUCGACAAUAUCUCAACGGAAAGCAGAAUUAGAAUUACCCCAAAAUGGAAAACCUUCAUGGACCAAACGAUUACUACUAAACAGCGAUUUGCUGUGCUCCAAAGUCAGGGAAGAGGCAGAUGAGUUAUGUCGAACACUCGAGGAGAAUGAGGAUAAAUCCCGUACAGCCUCGGAGAUGGCAGAUGUGCUUUACCAUGCCAUGGUUCUGCUUGCACUCAAAGAUGUAAAAAUGGAAGAUGUUCUACAAGUUCUAAGAAAGAGGUUCUCUCAAUCGGGAAUUGAGGAGAAGAAAAUUCGCGUUUCACAAGGCUAAGCAUGGACAGUUCAUGGUUGUGUUCAAUUGUUGUAAUAAUAGUGAGCUAUGUAUUGUACAAUACUUAGUUCCAUUUUGGAUUUGGCUCUCCGUGUUCUAAAAAGUCAAUGUUAUGAUGGCCAUUUGCUUACUUAUCA